GAAUAACGUCUGUCUGUAAUCUGUUCACUGUUGAAGACAGUGUAUGACUGUAUGUUUUGGAGAAAAGUGGAACGAAAACGGUGAAAACUAUUAAUGCGUGUUACAUUAUUUACAACACAAUAAAAAUUAUGUAUCGUGGAUGGAGCGAAUAGUAGUAUUUACUCACACCUAAUUACUACUUAAGUUGGUAAGAUGCAGGAUUGUAAGUUCUAUAUAAGAAGCACAAAUACUGACUUUGUAGAAAAGCAGCGAAACAUAUUAGACUUAAUAAACGCAUUUGACAAGGAGAAACAUGAAAAGGAAAAGGAAGAUCCUGACAGAAGUUGUACGGAGUCUAUGGAAGUCGACAGCACAUGUGAAAGAGUGUCACUGAAGAGGAAAAGAUCAGAAACGAAACAUUUCAGAGGUAAAGAGAGUAUUUUUAAGAAACCAAUCGACUUCCCUCCUCGUUUUCGUGUUAGAGAUAUACCAGAUCAUCAAAGAAAUCCGCACAAAUGGGUGAAGUAUACUCUAGGGGAUGUGUCGCCAGACGAUAUGACAAAUCAGGCUAAUACAGCUGCUGCUCUGUCAUUUCUUCGAGAGUUGGAAGAAAGGAAACAGAAACAAACUCCAGAAGGUAACAAGGAAGAAGUCAGACGAAUCAUUUUCAAACCUUCACAUCAGGUCGCAAAGAAAGCAAGUGACCAACUGGUAGAAGAAACUUCGAAUGCAAGUAGAACAGAGAGUUUAAAGACUUCAGUUUUCAGGAGCUCCAAACUCGUGAUGCCAGAAUACGUUGUUGGGAUGGAAAAGAAAACUAGGCCAAAAAAGAUCAAAAAAGACAAUUCUCAAUCCACUCUAAGAAAAGUGUCACUUAAUCACUUGUAUGAAAAUGAAGAUGAAUGAAAAGAACGUGUAAUUCCUUGUGCGUGAAUUACGCAUUCAGAUUGUGUGUGUGUGUGUGACAUGGAUAUAGUCAAUAUAUGAGUGGUCCUGAAGUAGUAGUGAUUAACAGAUAAAUACAGUGAAAUAUGUUAAAGAAAUGCUUGUUAAUGCAGAAGUAAACCAGUAUGUAGCAUGUUCAGUCACAUAUUUUAUUUUACCCGACAAGUUGACAGUUUUGAUGCUUGUCUGUAUUUUACUUUCCUGUUUGCCUUUGUGUAAAACUUCCUAAAAUACUGGUAUAGUAGUUUAUCCUACAGAGUCGCACUACAUGUAUUGUUUUAUAAAAGGCAGUUAAUCACUUUAAGUGGCACAGGUAGCUUGUAAGUGUUUGCGAGUCAAAAUAGUACCGAAAUAAUGUUGACUGGUUUCUGUUCUUUACCAUCAAAACAAGGAAUUUUUGCAAAAAUGGAGUUAAAUAUUGCUAUAACACCGCCAUUUUUUUCAGUUUAUACGUCAAUUCAAAUGAAAGGUAGCCUAAUAACUGAUAGUUUGUACCUGGAUUUUAAGCAGACAUAUAGGAUAACGUUGUUUCUCUUGUGUAAUGUUACACAACAUAUCACUUAAAAGAUAAAAUUUGCAACUGCAAACUCGUGUGAUAAGAGUCUGCAGAAAUGUGUUAAUAUGGUUAUAAGGCUGUAACUGAUUCAGUAGACUCUUUCAUCAGUUGACAGCCUAUCACAUUAUAAUUCAAUGUGUGACAAAUUAGUUUAAGUUUGUGCUACGUAAAUCUUACAAUAUAAACUUUGCGUUGGUAGCAUUUGGUACAUGACCUUUUAUCUCAAUGGUGCUAAAUGGUUUGACGUAAGGGAAUGAAGACCUCCUUUAAAAUUGUUUCAGCAAUAACGAAUGAGAUAAGUGGGAGAAUAAGGUGAAAAUUUGUUUUUCAAUGAAACGCAUAAUCCUUUUUAACUGGGGGACAGUAGAGCAAUUUCAAGAAUUUUUACAUGGCCUUCAUAAUAUCUUAUUCAUGGUUUGGAGCAACAUUAGUUUUUCCUUAGCCACCUGCACUUUUUCUUUUUUGAUGUCCCUCUUAUGGUGAAGAAAUGUGUAUAUGUGGGAAAGCUAGGGAUUAAAACUUGUUUUAAUUAUAGGUACGUAAACUCGGGUCCAGUUUUAUGAACUGGUUAUUGAUAUCAGUAAGCUACUUUUUUUUUGGGAGGUAUUACUGUUAGUAUCAUUUUACUACACCUGUUUUUAUAGUAUUGUGUGAGUAUUUAAUUACACUUUUAUGGUCUUUACUUGAAACUUCACACAAAAUCUCAAGCUUACAAUUACAAGCAUUCCAUUUAAAUUAAAUGUAAGGUGGAAAAGGCUUUGCCAUUACUAAUACAUACCUUGUUGUCAUUGUGAUGGACACUUCCUAGUGGGAUGCCUCGGAGCAUAUUAUAAAUACUUCAGUGCCUAGUGUAAAACCUAAAUUUGGAGAGAUUUUUGGGCCAAUCCUUUUGGCAGUCCUGUCAUUUACACUGUGACAAUUGAAACUUUCAGAGAUUGAGCAGUCAUUUGACAUGUUUCAUAUUAUGAUUCACUUCAUAACACUACUGUUAAUUUUGCUGUAAAGUACCAGAAAUGUUAGCAAAACUUUACAUCUAUAUUGAGUUUGCAUCGUUUCGUACACAUCGUGUUAGGUAGUCCCGACAUAUUUUUGGUCAGUGGUUAAGACAGCUGAUAGGUGGCGUACGCCAUUACAUUAUCUUUAGAAGUAGUGUGUGUGUGUGUGUGUGUGUGUGUGUGUGUGUGUGUGUGUGUGUGUGUGUGUGUGUGUGUGUGCGCGCGCACAUGAAGAAACUUCCUCACUUUUGAAAGCAAUUUCUCAUGAUUUGUUAGUGUGUGAUGCAACAUGUUUACAUACUAAUUAAUUCUGUAACUCAGUUGCUGAACUUGUCAGUAAGAGCAUACAGAAAGAAUGAAAACUGUACUGAACUGCAUACUUGUAACUUUGAUAUUUUUUGAUUGGUUCGAUAACACUUUCAUCAAGAGUAUAAUAUUUGUAUGUGUAUGACGAAUUGAAUGGUGUUUUAUUCGAAUAAUUAAUUAAUCUGUUAGCUGUAAACUAGGUCCUGAUACCUCGACUCCCCCCCCCCCCCACACCAGCCCCCUCCCCGUGCAUUGAACUACUGAGAAGUAUAAUUGUAAUAUUGACAGAGACAGCUUCACUUGAUUUAUCAUUUAUGUGUAUGAUGAGAUACAUUGUUAAGAACCUCAUAAUAAUCAGUUGAGUACUUUGUUUUAUGUUGCAUUUUUAUUGAGACGACUUGCUAUGUUUAUUUUUAUGCAAAAGAAAUUAAUUUCUAGACACUGAUGUAUGAAAUGAAAUGUAUCAGAUGUGUAUAAAUGUUUGUAAUAAACUCAUAUGUGCUGUAGUAUAUUCAGAAAUAAUCAGACUUGAAACACUGAGAGGUUUGUGUAUCU